GCGCGGAGCCCGCCCGGCACCGGAGCGGAGCCGCUCCUGCCGCGGGGCCAUGGCCCUGCUGCCGCGGCGCUUCCUCUGCUUCGUCCUGGCCCAGCACUUCAUCGCAGCCACGGCGUGCCAGGAGCCCGACUACGGCUGGAUGAUCCGCCACUACUGCCUCAAGCAGUUCCAGCUCAGCAUGGAGGGCAUUGGCCAGCGCCUCUGGUGUGACUGGGACGAGACUGUGGGUACCUACGGGGAGCUGACGAACUGCACGGCGCUGAUCGCCGAGAGGCUCGACUGCUACUGGCCCAACCGGCUGGUGGACGAGUUCUUCGUGGCCGUGCACAAGCAAUACUUCAGGAACUGCUCCCCGUCGGGCCGGGCUCUGCACGACCCCCCGAACGGCGUGCUGUGUCCCUUCAUCGUGCUGCCCGUGCUGGUCACCCUGCUGAUGACAGCGCUCGUGGUGUGGAGGAGCAAGCGCAGCGAGGGCAUCGUGUAGGGACGGAGCCCCGGGGGCAGGAACAGCAUCGCUCGGGUCCCAAUGAACCAGUGAGGCUGCAGGGCAGGACGGGCUGCCCGCGCCUCUCCCAGCCCUCCCCCCGGCUAAGAGUGCCGAGCGGGAACAUUGAAAGGAAAAUAAACCCCGGGAGGGUGUGGGGAGUUGAGAUCCUGCAUCAACGCACGUGAGACCAGCGGGUCUGGAACAUCCUCGGCUUCCUCUCUUGGUCAUUUUUUGGAAAGGCAUCUGCUGCCCCAGCCCCCAGCACAAGGACGGGGCUUGCACGGGCUGGGUUGUGCCUGGGAGGGGGGAACAGCGGGUGGGGGUUACCAAGGAACGGGAAUAAGGUGCUUUUCCUACCUGAAUAAAGAAAUACUG